UGUCUGUCUGUCUCUCUCUCUCUCUCCGCCUCCCACUCCCCUCCCAGCUCCCCCCUCAGCAUUCCUGAUGCGUACGAACAGUAAGGUGACGCAGCGUGAGCACACCAAUGAGCAUGUCACAGAGUCGGUGGCAGACCUGCUCGCUCACGAAGAGCCUCUCGACUACAAGAACAGCUCUCUGAAUGUUGGAGGGGUCCCCGGGAAGAAGAUCGUUCUUGAGCCCCCAGAGAACGAUGGCCGCCCGGCCUGGAAUAGCAAGCUGCAGUACAUCCUGGCCCAGGUGGGCUUCUCUGUGGGGCUAGGAAACGUCUGGCGCUUCCCUUACCUGUGCCAAAAGAAUGGAGGAGGUGCCUACCUGGUCCCAUACUUCAUCCUCCUCAUCCUCAUCGGCAUCCCACUCUUCUUCCUGGAGCUGGCGGUGGGCCAGAAGAUCCGUCGUGGGAGCAUCGGGGUGUGGAACUAUGUGUGCCCCCGCCUGGGCGGGAUAGGGGUGUCCAGUCUAAUGGUGUGUGGCUUUGUGGGGCUCUACUACAAUGUAAUCAUCGGCUGGAGCAUAUUCUACUUCUUCCAGUCCUUCCAGUACCCACUGCCAUGGGCCGAAUGCCCUAUCAGGAGGAAUGGAUCAUUAGCAAUCAUGGAGCCUGAGUGUGAGAAAAGCUCGGCCACCACCUACUUUUGGUACCGCCAGACCCUGAAUACCAUCAGCACCAUCGCAGAUAGCGGCGGCCUGAACGUCAAGAUGACCCUGUCUCUGCUUGUGGCCUGGAUCAUCGUCUGUCUGGCUGUCAUCAGAGGUAUCGCGUCCUCCGGGAAGGUGAUGUACUUCAGCUCUCUGUUCCCCUACGUGGUGCUCUUCUGUUUCCUGGUGAGAGGUUUGCUGUUGAAGGGCGCUGUUGAUGGCAUCGCACACAUGUUCACUCCCAAGCUGGAGAAGAUGCUGGAGCCCCAGGUUUGGAGGGAGGCAGCCACACAGGUGUUUUUUGCCCUUGGCCUGUGCUUCGGUGGAGUCAUCACCUUCUCCAGCUACAACAAGAUAGACAACAACUGCCACUUUGACGCCGUGCUCGUCUCCAUUAUCAACUUUGUCACCUCCAUCCUGGCUACUCUGGUGGUGUUCGCUGUGCUGGGCUUCAAGGCAAACCUUAUGAACGAGAAGUGUGUCAUAGAGAAUGCAGAGAAGAUCCUUGGCUACCUGAACUCUAACGUGCUGAGUCAUGACCUCAUUCCGUCACACGUGAACUUCUCCCAGCUGUCCACCGUAGAUUACGCUGAGAUAUACGGCGUCAUCAAGACUGUGAAGGAGGGCAGCUUCGCCGAGCUGGGCCUGGACCCCUGUGUCCUGGAGGAUGAGCUCAACAAGUCAGUGCAGGGUACAGGAUUGGCCUUCAUUGCCUUCACAGAGGCCAUGACUCAUUUCCCGGCCUCUCCCUUCUGGUCCGUCAUGUUCUUCUUCAUGCUCAUCAACCUGGGCCUGGGCAUGAUCGGCACCAUGACAGGCAUCACCAUGCCCGUCCUUGACACCUACAAGGUCCAGAAGGAGCUCUUCACAGUGUGCUGCUGCAUCAUAGCCUUUUUCUGUGGCCUGCUCUUCGUCCAGCGCUCUGGGAACUACUUUGUCACCAUGUUUGAUGACUACUCCGCUGGUCUGCCACUCACUGUCGUGGUCAUCCUAGAGAAUGUGUCAGUGGCCUGGAUCUACGGCACCAAGAGGUUUAUGCAGGACCUGGAGGACAUGUUGGGUUUCCGGCCCAAUGCCUUCUAUUUCUACAUGUGGAAGUACGUCUCCCCUUGUUGUCUCAUCGUUCUCAUUAUGGCUACUGUCAUCGAGAUGGCCAUCAGCCCGCCAGGGUACAAUGCAUGGGUGGAGGAACUGGCUCAGGAGCGUUUCCAGAGCUACCCUCCCUGGGCAUUGGCCAUGUGCUUCUCCCUCAUCGUGGUGGCCAUGCUUCCUCUCCCCAUCGUCUUCAUCGCCCGCCACUUCAACCUGAUGUCUGACGGCUCCAACAAGCUGUCCGUCUCCUACCGCAAGAGCAUGAUGAAGGACAUCUCCAACCUGGAGGUGGACGAGACACGCUUCAUCCUGGGCAAGAACCCAGGAGAGACACCUUCGCCCAACUGCUUAUAG